AAUAAAAUUAGAAGAGCACCUGGUAAUAAUAGAACACCCAUCACUAUGUUCAAUUAAUCAGCCAGCUCGAGAAAACACACACAGACAGAGUCAUAUAUAUAUAUAUAUAUAUGUAUCAGUUGCUUACACAAUAUGAUGUUUUGAACUUCUCCAAAGUCAAAUUUCUUCUUCUUCUUCUUCAGCCACAUUAUUCUGCAGAAAGAAAGCUAGGGUUUAGUUUUGUUAUUGGUUGAAUUUGAGGUGAAAUCGAAUGGCGAGUGUGUACAUUCCAGUACAGAACUCAGAAGAAGAAGUUAGGGUAGCAUUGGACCAACUACCUAGGGAUGCUUCUGACAUUCUUGAUAUUCUCAAAGCUGAACAAGCUCCACUUGAUCUCUGGCUUAUUAUUGCUAGGGAAUAUUUCAAACAAGGCAAAAUCGAUCAGUUUCGGCAGAUAUUGGAAGAAGGUUCUAGCCCAGAGAUUGAUGAAUAUUAUGCAGAUGUGAGGUAUGAAAGGAUUGCCAUUCUAAAUGCAUUAGGUGCAUAUUACAGCUAUCUUGGGAAGAUUGAGACGAAACAAAGAGAAAAAGAAGAGCACUUUAUAAUGGCAACCCAAUAUUAUAAUAAAGCAUCCAGAAUUGACAUGCACGAGCCCUCUACGUGGGUUGGGAAAGGCCAGCUUUUACUUGCCAAGGGAGAUGUAGAGCAGGCAUUUGCUGCUUUCAAGAUUGUACUUGAUGGAGAUCGUGAUAAUGUUCCUGCUCUUCUGGGUCAGGCCUGUGUUCAGUUUAGCCGUGGACGAUAUUCUGAUUCACUGGAGCUAUAUAAGAGGGCCUUGCAAGUGUAUCCUGAAUGUCCUGCUGCGGUAAGGCUCGGAAUAGGUCUCUGUAGAUACAAAUUGGGCCAAUUGGAAAAGGCGAAGCAGGCAUUUGGUCGUGUCUUGCAGUUAGAUCCAGAAAAUGUGGAUGCUCUGGUGGCACUAGCAAUUCUGGAUUUGCAAAACAAUGAAGCUUCUGGUAUUAGGGGAGGAAUGGAAAAGAUGCAAAGAGCCUUCGAGAUGUAUCCUUACUGUGCAAUGGCUCUAAAUUAUCUGGCCAAUCAUUUUUUCUUCACUGGUCAACAUUUCCUUGUGGAGCAAUUGACCGAGACUGCACUUGCUGUAACCACUCAUGGACCAACUAAAUCUCAUUCGUACUACAAUUUGGCACGCUCUUACCACAGCAAGGGCGACUAUGAGAAGGCUGGAAUGUACUACAUGGCGUCUGUAAAAGAAAGCAGUAAGCCGCAUGAAUUUGUAUUACCCUAUUAUGGAUUGGGACAAGUACAGCUGAAGUUGGGAGAUCUUCGGAGUUCGCUGGCGAAUUUUGAGAAAGUCUUGGAGGUUUACCCUGAAAGUAGUGAGACAGUGAAAGCUCUUGCACACAUUUAUGUGCAGCUUGGCCAGACCGAGAAGGUUCAGGAAUAUUUGAAGAAAGCCACAAAGAUUGAUCCUCGUGAUCCCCAGGCCUUUUUGGAUAUAGGAGAACUGUUAAUUUCAAAUGAUCCUGCUGCUGCUUUAGAGGCCUUUAAAACAGCACGUAAUUUACUUAAGAAGUCAAAUGAAGAAGUACCAAUAGAGUUGUUCAACAACAUUGGCGUCCUCCAUUUUGAAAGGGGAGAAUUUGAGCUUGCUGCACAAAGUUUUAAGGAAGCUUUAGGUGAUGGUACAUGGAGUAGGUUCCUUGAUGCAAAAGCACGGUCUGAUGAUCCAACUUCUGAAGGGCUUUUAUAUCCCAAUGGUGAAGCACAAUCUGAUCUGUUUAAAAGUGCACAAUAUCCAAUCGAUGCCAGUGCAUCUGUUCGGCAAUACAAGGACUUCCAGCUAUUUCAUAGACUUGAGGAACAAGGAAGUACUGUGGAACUUCCUUGGAACAAAGUUUCGACACUCUUUAACAUGGCAAGAUUACUGGAGCAGUUGCAUGACACAGAAACCGCCAGCAUCUUUUACCGCCUUAUCUUAUUUAAGUAUCCAGAGUAUGAAGAUGCUUAUCUGAGGCUGGCUGCCAUUGCAAAAGCCCGAAAUAACGUGCAGCUGAGCAAUGAGCUGAUUAUUGAUGCGCUCAAGGUGAACGAGAAGUGCCCAGAUGCACUGCUAAUGCUUGGUGAUUUGGAACUUAAGAAUGAUGACUGGGUUAAGGCAAAAGAAACUUUUCGGGCUGCUAAGGAUGCGACUGAUGGAAAUGAUUCUUAUGCUACUCUUUGUCUGGGAAAUUGGAACUACUUCGCGGCGAUUCGGAAUGAGAAAAGAGCUCCGAAGUUGGAAGCUACUCAUCUGGAGAAGGCGAAGGAACUUUAUACAAAGGUUCUCUUCCAGCAUAAUGCAAAUCUCUAUGCUGCAAAUGGUGCUGGUGUUGUUUUGGCAGAAAAAGGUCAAUUUGAUAUUUCAAAGGAUCUUUUCACACAGGUUCAAGAAGCUGCCAGUGGAAAUGUUUUCGUCCAAAUGCCUGAUGUGUGGAUUAAUCUUGCACAUGUUCACUUUGCGCAAGGGAACUUCGCGUUGGCUGUGAAAAUGUAUCAAAAUUGCUUGCGGAAAUUUUAUCAUAAUACCGACAGUCAGGUGCUUCUUUAUUUAGCAAGAACACAUUAUGAAGCUGAACAGUGGCAGGAUUGUAAAAAGACUUUAUUAAGAGCCAUCCACUUAGCACCUUCAAAUUAUACGUUGAGAUUUGACACUGGUGUAGCACUACAGAAAUUUUCAGCCUCAACGUUACAAAAGACCAAGCGGACUGUUGAUGAGGUGAGGUCAACAGUUGCAGAGCUGAAGAAUGCAGUUCGCUUAUUCAGUCUAUUGUCUGCAGCUUCAAAUCUUCAUGUUCAUGGAUUUGAUGAGAAAAAAAUUGAAACUCAUGUUGGAUACUGCAAGCAUUUGCUUGAGGCUGCAAAAGUUCAUUGUGAGGCAGCUGAGCGUGAAGAUCAACAGAAUAAGCAGAGACUAGAACUUGCUCGUCAGGUCACAUUGGCUGAAGAAAAUCGUAGAAAAGCUGAGGAACAGAGAAAAUAUCAACUAGAGAGACGAAAACAAGAGGAUGAACUCAAGCAAGUGAUGCAGCAAGAGCAGCAUUUAGAGCGUAUGAAGGAACAAUGGAAAAGCAGUACUCCUGCCUCUAAGAGAAAGGACAGGCCCCAGAAUGACGAUGACGAGGGCGGGCAUGGUGAGAGGAGGAGGAAGAAAGGUGGGAAGCGGAGAAAGAGGGACAAGAAAUCUCAAUACGAAUCCGAGGAAGCAGAAGCUGAGAUGGAUGAUCAGGAGGAAGUGGAUUAUGUUGACCGUAACAGAAAUUAUGAAGAAGAAUCUGAUUAUCAAACAAAUGAUCAUGAUGAUCAAGCAGAGAAUAAUCCACAGGAUCUACUUGCAGCAGCUGGACUUGAAGAUUCCGAUGCCGAGGAUGACACUGUUGCACCUUCAUCAAAUGCAAGUCGGCGAAGGCAGGCACUGUCAGAAUCAGAUGAGGAUGAGCCAUUGCGGACGCAAGGAAGUGAUGGAGAAGGUGGAGAAAAUGUUGCUGUGGAUGAUGAUGAAUGAAGAUGGAGUACCUCUACAAUUCCUAGUUUGGUUGAUGACAAGAUUGCCAAUAUUCCUUCCCUCUGUGCCAAACACAGUGGGAUUUCUGUUGGCUCUUUCUUGGCCUGGCUGCGUUAUAGAUUUUGUUUCUUGAGCUAGACUAGCUUGUGUCAUUUAUAGGAAGAAAAGGUAAAUGUAGCUUAAGUUAUAGACAAACGGCUAUACUGUAAAUGCAGAAGGUUUAUAGAUAGUCAUUUCUGUUGAUCAAGUGUAUCGCGAAAUGCAAAGCUAGAACCCCUAUUGAAUUGGUUUCGUCAUUCUUCCCUAA